AUGCCGAAAAAGGUCAACACAAUAGCGAGACGAGCCUGGGACCUCCUAAGAUGGGUCAUUUUCAUGGCCAAGAAAAGAGGGUAUCUCAAGCACAAACUCAUUCUCUGCAAGAAAGCAAUCAGCACAGCAAGAAUCAAGCUCUUCCAAUCUCCCGAAAAGAAAUACAAAUACAUAGCAGCGUACCAGUUCUCACCCGAUAACUCCCCUGUUUUUCAAUACUCAAGGAAACCCAGUCGAAAAAGUCAAAGGUUUCACCUUGCAAUGGUUAUUCUUCCUUGUAAGGAUUGCUUCUCUGUCCAACAACCAGAGGAGGAACCCGAGAUAUCGCCCAUUACCGUCUUUUCAGGUGAGGUGGGGUUGUCAGAUGAAGAACCUGAUAUUUCGGCAAUUACUGUAUUUUCUGGUGAGGUGGGGUUGCCUGUGUCAUGUAGCCUGACUGAUAUAGAGGAAGAAGGUGACUGUGUUGAUAAGAAGGCUGAGAAAUUCAUUGCUAGGUUUUAUGAAGAGAUGAGGAUUCAAAGGGAAAAGGAGUUCCUUUUGUGA